AUCAAAACAACUGGUGAAAAAUUACUUAGUUCCCUAAAGAUAAAAGGUAUACAAAAUUACAAGUAUUAUCCCAUUUGUAAUUUCAGGUGUUAUCUCAGGGACUCGUGUGACCUGGGGAGCUAAUUGACAGGUGCUACAGUGCCCCCUAAGACUAGCAUUGGAACUCAAGGUCAGUGGGGAGAUGGACAGCCAGGUAAUGACUCCCAGGUAAUUGCAGGUGUCGCGGCGGCGUGGUGUUGUCAUGUGGUGGUGAUGGUGAUGACAGAGGUGUUGACGGCUGGUAAUGAGAGGGUAUCGGGUGGCGGUGAUGGUGGUGGUGAUUAGGGCGUGGAUGAUAGGUUAUGUGGGAUGGGGGAGUGGCAUUGUGGUGGUGGUGGUGGUGGUGGAGGUGGUGCUGUGCUUGCCUCCUGUCCCACUUACUGACAACCGUGGUGUCGCACGCACACACACACACACACACACACACACACACACACACACGAAAGCCGCAUGUCGGAGUCUGCACACGAAGGCGCCGCGCGAGAAAGCUAGAGGCAACAGUAAGAAGCGAGCCACCAGUGAGGGAGGAUAUCCGCCGCCCGCUCCUGACUCCCUCCCACACACCCACAGACACGAAGACACACACACACACAGCCACUUCCUCGUGUCUUCGUGUUACCCACGUUGAAAAUGCAUCACCCACGUGUGCUAAUUUUGCUGGGAGUCGUGUCCUUCUCCCAUGGUAUUGAAUUGAUUGAAAACAUCUAUAGGGGAGAAAAAUACGAGGCGACGGGACUUAGCCACAUGCCUUACUCCUCAUCACUCAUCGCCUCCGCCUCUGCGUCCCCCAGCGGCCCCUUCCUCAUGCCGCAAGCCAGGAAGCUGGAUGAGUUCCCAGGGGCGUGAGUUCACCUUCUCCGGUCUAAUGGAUCAGCUGGGGCUCGCCUUCCAGGAGGAGCUAAGCAGAGAUGACCCAGCCUCCGGGCGGUCACGAAAGCUUAGUCAGGAGGAGGAAGAGGGAAAGAAGGUGAGCGGAGGCUUUCACCACUACCACUUCUACCAGAACCAGAACGCCUUCAACCUGCCGGAGUGUGCCACGCAGCAGGUGUGCAAUGCGGUAUACAGGCGCCUUAACUUCACGCAGCCCUUGUGCCAGUGCCCCAAAGACACUGACCCCUGCAGUGUCUCCACCCUCUCCAAUGACCAGCGAUCAAUUGAGCUCUCCAUGGGCGGCCCGCAUACUAAGGCGACGACGGUGAUCAAGACGUGCGAACCUGUGUGGAGCGUGAGGGACUGCCGGGCGCCGCGAGACUGGUCCAUCCUUGCCCUUCAGAACACCCGCACGGGCAAGGCACAUUACCUAGUCAUCUGUAAAUGCCCUCUGUCAUCUAAGCUCGAGGGGCCCCUGAACCACGAGCAGCCCAGCUAUGCACAGGUUCCCAGCAUCCGCGUGUAUGGUAUGAUGUGUAUUGGCAGGAACUACAGGCGCGUAUCUCGGCAGGUGUCCCCAGAUCCUUCAGUUCCUGCAGAGUUCCCCUGGAGUCAGCUGAAGGAAGCCCUGGAGGAGGGAACCUUGGUGAAGGACCUUGACAGAAACAACUUCCCUCCUUCACGUUUUCCUCAUUACUGAAGAGACUUAGAGAAGACAACCACUGCAUACUUCGUACCUCGACAUGCCUAUUACUGUUCUUAGUCCCUUAUCCUUGUAUGACAGUUUUCUUGAACAUGUUUCAUUUUAUUUUUUUAUUUUUUUUUCAACUUUCCGUUUUCUGUACUUUAUAUCUCGUCGUGCCUGUUUCUCUUAAGUAUAUUUCAGUUCCUUUCUUAAUCUUUGG